UCCCCUCUGGGUCACUCUCACUUUUACAGCAGCUUUUACGCACGAACCAGCCUCAGAGUUCCUCUUCCACUUCAAUACCAGCUUUGAUCACUUGAACAAAACCAUGUCAGCCAUGAUUAGGAAUGAAGUUUUCUCCUGCUUUGUUUUCUACGGCGUGCUCCUGGUGCUCAAAAUGUACAUCAUCGCGAUAAUAACGGGACAAGUGAGGCUGCGUAAAAAGGCUUUUGCCAACCCCGAGGACGCGCUGAGACACGGAGGGUUACAGUUUCACAGAGAGGAUCCAGACGUGGAGAGGUGCCUGAGAGCUCAUCGUAACGACAUGGAGAACAUCUACCCCUUCCUCUUCCUGGGCGCCGUGUACGCCUUGACUGGACCUUCUCUGGCCGUGGCCCGCUUCCACUUCCUGGUCUUCUUCCUGGCCCGUCUGCUGCACAGCGUCGCCUACCUGUUCGCCCUGCGAGCGCCGACCCGCUCCCUUGCCUACAUCAUCGCACAGAUACCUUGUGUCUCUAUGGCGGUGCAGAUCCUGAUCGCAGUCGCAGUGUACGCCUGAAAGUCCAGGAAUGAGGAACUGAAUCCGAGGUGGUGUUCUGGCUCGGAAAGAUGGUGGUUAUGAUUUGUGCCGUGUGUCAGAGAAAGCAGGCAGAUAACCCCGAGAGGCCUCCCUGGAGGAAGCACGUUAAAGAGAAGAGUGUCAGUGACGGUGCAAUGUAAGGUGUGUGAUUACGCCUCAGCUGGGUUUUGUGAGAUGCUGUCAGUAUUUUUUAUUGUUUUAUUUACCGUUUUUGAACUGUGAGAAUAUCUUAAAAGUCAUUUGAAGUUGACGUCUUGUACUGUAUUUUACAUGCAAAUGAAGGAUGUUGCUCGUUUUUUUUAGUUUUUUUUUUUGUUUUAGCCUCUCACUGCACCAUACGUUCAUCCAUGCCCCCCUUUUCUGUGUUUACACACAACACGGACCACCAUUCUUGUGGUGUUGUAUAUCCUCUGCGGCUUCAUCUGUUUCCUGCGUAGCUGUUCCAUCUGUUGUGUCAACAUUUGUUUGCGUUCAACCAAACUGCAGUGACGUGUUGAGAGAUUUGAAAAGACACUCAGUGAAAUAGAGCUCGGCGCUUUUGACUGUGUGAGUAAAACCGUCUCUCAACAUCCUUUUAAAGGCAGGAGAGGAGAGUGUGUUUGGACUGGGAAUGAAUCCUGCAACAACAAAGAACGGAGAGCAAGAAAAAGGGAGAAUGCAUCUGUGAAUACACAUUUCGAAGCUGUUAAUACUAAUUUAUUAUUCAGUGUAAUGUAUACAGUGAUGUUUCUUGAGUCCACUUUUGUAGACAAUAAAGCAAAUCACACAUGCAACCGAG